UUCUUGUUCCCGACCGUGAUCACGACGAGGCAGCUUAGCGCCCAUGGCCACAGACACCAAAUUACCGCCUCACAAGCUGCUGGAGUCCGUCAAUGCGCGGACGAUACAUCUCACGGAGCCGGAUUGGUAUAUCACGGCGUCGACAAACCCCAUCUCGUCGAUCCCGCAAUGCGCGCAGCUGCAGUCCUCUCUGGACCUGCCUGCCAUCCCAGAGAUGACCUUUGGCGGCAACUUCCUACUGCUUGAGCACCGCCCGAGCGGCUGGAAAUAUAGUUUCACCUGCGAAGACGCGUUGCGCGGCGUCAAGAAGGACGAUGACGCGAACGGCAAAGGCAUGAUCAAGGUGAACUACGCCGAUGCAUGGAUGAAGAGUCGUACAGAUCCGAACUCGAGCUUGCCUAUGCCGAAGACAGCGCAGACGCGUCCGUUUGACUGGACGUUCACGACGACAUACAAAGGGCAUCGGUUGACUUCCGACGAUGAUUGGCCCGCCGCGCCUUCUUAUGCGGAUGAUGGGGCAGCAUCCGACGCAGAGAAUGAUGAGCCCGCGCCUCCGAAGCCUCGUCCUGCCUCUGCAGAGUUCAGGUGGCAGCCUGCGGACCCAACAAAUCCCUCGCAUGCGAUACCGCUGGCAGAACUCACGCGGCCCGAUCCUAUCGUCUUCUAUGCUGAGAUCCCUCUGUUUGAAGAUGAGCUGCAUGACAAUGGCGCCUCGAGCCUCCUCGUUCGCAUCCGCGUCAUGCCGGCGUGCAUAUUCAUCUUAGCAAGAUUCACGCUGCGCGUCGACAAUGUGCUGUUCAGAACAUACGACACUCGCAUCUAUAGCUCACAUGCGCCUGGGACGAAUGGCAAGACGGUAGUUGUGCGAGAGAGUGGAGGAUGGGAGGCAGAGUAUGCGAAGGUUAAGCAGCUCCUGCUGGACCCGAACGACCUGACACCCUUGACAAAUCCUACUUGGAUCGCUCAAGUCCUCGCAGAGAAGAUACCAGGCAGCCAGAGACGCGGUGCCGGAACAGGAUGGGACGGGCUGGGGAAGAGGUUGGAAGUGCUGGAGCUUUGAGAGCUCUAUAACAAAAUAACAUGUGCUGUAUUCCUGUAUUAUACCAAGCUACCGUGUACUUCCGCACGACGCAGUCGGCCUUUGCACCUAAGCCAG